AUGGCGAGUCUACGAAUGGGCAGUAUGCCGUCGUUGCGGCGACAGCACCUCCUGGCCGAAUUCGCCGGUCUGAAGCAAGCUUGUCCGGAGGGGGUUUUCGUGAGCUUGACACCAGGAGACCCAAUGCUGUGGUCCGGCGUGAUGUUUGUGAGGCACGACUCUUUCGCAGGACCCUACGCUACGGCUAUCCUGAGAUUUCAGAUUUCAUUCCCAGACACAUAUCCGCGACUACCGCCACUCGUCACCUUUUCAACAGACAUAUUCCACCCGCUAAUCACACCAUUAACGACGUACAUGUACACCACCGACAUCCAGGAUAACGGCACGGUCAGCGCCACCGACGCAGAGCGCCUACCGCCCGGAGGCUUCAGUCUGCGACACGGAUUCCCCGCUUGGUUCGGGCGGGGCAGCAAAAGCAACGUGGGGAGCCGACAGGCCAGCGGCCAGCAGCAACAACAACCGCCCGCAACGCCCGCAAGAGGAGGCGGCGGCGGUGGGCCAUCCAGCACUUCGUCGACGCCCGGCUCAAAGGCGACGCCUUUCGGAGGUCGGCCAGGGUACCUCGACACCUCGAGGCGAGAAGUCUCCACGUACGAGGUCUUGCGGUAUAUCCGAAGCACGUUCGACGACGAAAAGGUGCUGGACUCUGUGCCGCUCGAAGCUGCGGGAAACCCUGGCGCGUGGCACGCGUGGCGGACGCGUCAGCGGCAGGCUGGCAAGAGUUUCCCUGGCGAUCCGAGGAAGCCUUCCACCAGCGGAAGUGUUCACUCCAUCGUUAGGAAACCUAUUGGCAGUGCGCCUUCCGUCUCCAGAAAGCCCGGGGAAUGGAAUUGGGAAGGUGUUUGGGAGGAUAGAGUGCAGAAGGGUAUCGCGACGUCCCUCUCUGAGGCGGUCCUCUAUGGGGCGACGUCGGGUGGCGAUGACCUGAUCAAUUUCCUUGCGAUGGAGGAAGGCGACGUAGACGCCGUGAGGGAAAACUUGCAGCGUACAUUGGGAAGCAGCCCGGCGACACCUGAAGAACGCAGAAGCAUGCAGGGCGUGCCUGCGGCGGAAUGA